AAAUCUGGCACAUCAGGAAAAGAGUAUCAUCAGGACCAUAAACUGUAGGCUGUAUAAUUAAUUAAACUAACCGAAACAGGACUGGAAUUCCUGCAUUACUUCGACCAAACUAUACUGAGCGAUACAUCUGGCUCUGUGCACCCAGAACAGCUCCGUGCACCCAGAACAGUUCUGUGCACCCAGAACAGCUCUGUGCACCCAAAACAGCUCUGACCAUUUGAGGCCUGGACUACACAAGACCUCUGAACGUGUGCAUCUGGCACCAAGACUUUAGCAGCAUAUACUUUAAGUCCACUGAAGGACAGCCAUGGGGGCUCUCAGCCGGCAGCAAUUCUUUCAGGAGCUUCCUUUGGGCUGUUUGCUUCCAACUGCUCAACAGGGUGUGCUGCAAGUGUGGCAGCUGCUGCUCAUGUGUUUAGCAUGCAGACUUCUGUGGAGAAUUGGUCACCUGCCUGGAUACUUAAAGCACCUCAGCACAAUUGCAUGUGGAUUUUACACCCUCUACAUGUUCUUUGGGUUGCACAUGGUGUGGGUAGUGCUGCUCAGUCUUCUCUGCUACCUCAUCCUCUUCUUGUGCCGCCACUCCAGCACUUGUGGCCCUUUCCUUUCUAUCACAGUCCUCAUCUACCUCCUGUUGGGAGAGCUGCAUAUGAUGGACACAAACAGCUGGCACAAAAUGAGAGGUUCUCAGAUAGUAGUUGCUAUGAAAGCGAUCUCUCUUGCCUUUGACUUGGACAAAGGCACAGUGGAAAAUGUCCCCUCUCCAAUGGAGUUUAUGGGCUAUAUUUACUUUGUGGGCACUGUCAUAUUUGGACCCUGGAUCAGCUUCAGCAGCUACAGGGAGGCAGUAGAAGGCAAAGAGCUUAGUGUCUCCUGGUUGGUGAAGGUAAUCAGCAGCUGGAUCAAGAGCCAGUUGUGCCUGGUGAUCUCCAACUGUGUAGCUCCUUAUCUCUUUCCCUACUUCAUCCCUGUCUUUGGGGACAAACUACUAAAAACUAACAAGAGGCGAAAGAACAGAGGAUUUAUUGCAAGGUGGCUGAUGGGCUAUGAACACAGCAUGGGCUUCCAUUUUAGUAACUAUUUUGUAAGCUAUUUGAGUGAAACCACAACCACACUGUCAGGUGCAGGCUUCACAGAAGAGAAGGACCAUCUCAAGUGGGACCUUAAAAUGGUUAACCCACUAAAUGUUGAGCUUCCCAGGUCUAUGUCAGAGGCUGUUAUUUCCUGGAACCGCCCCAUGUCUCAGUGGCUCAAUAUUUAUGUAUUCAAGAAGGCUUUCAAAUUCGGGACAUUUCAGGCCAUCCUCAUUACUUACACAACCAGCACUUUGCUGCAUGGAUUAAGCUUUCAUAUUGUAGCUGUGUUAUUCACCCUCGCCUUCAUGACAUAUAUUGAGUAUGAGUUAAGGAAAAGACUGUCCAUCAUCUUUAAUGCAUGUGUCCUUUCUAAGAGAUGUCCUUCAGACUGCAAACACCAAAACAAGAAGGCACUUUGGGUUUAUCUUAUCAAUGGAGUGUUUAGUGCACUAGCGGUGCUGCACCUUACCUACCUGGCAUCGGUCUUUGGCUCCAGCGCUGAUAAUAUAGACUCAGAUGAGGAUGGUAUGUCCAUUCAGACUAUGCAUAAAUGGAAUGAACUGAGCUGGACAAGUCACUGGCUGACCUUUGGCCUUUGGGUUGUAUACCGCAUUAUUAUGUAAACGCAGACCAAGAAAUUAGAUGGACAAGGGGCAAAUAUAAAACCUGGAAGCCAAGCUCCUUAUGACUUCACUGUGAAUUCCUCAUGCACUGCAGUGCUAGAGAACGAAACCUCGAACAAAACUGGAUUUUAUCUGGUCAUGAUUACAACUAGAAUCUGGAUGCUGUGGCACACGAGCAACUGUCUCUGUGGCCUCUUUACACGUUUAAAGGACCCAUCAUUCUUCCAAGAGCAAGCAGCAAGACUUAGAAGCUGCUUUCAUUCAUUUUAUGGACAUGCAAUAUUACAUGUUUAUUGUUAUAGUACAUAUAAUCCUACGUGAAUCAAUGAUAUAAACAUGACUUUAGUCAUAGGACACUGUAUUGCACAUACACUUUUUAAAAGUAUUCUCAUUUAAACUUUACAUUUACUUUACACCAAAUAAGGAAAAAAAGGUAUUUUUUUUUAAACAGUGCUUGGUUAGUUGAUAGAAAAAAAUAUUACCACUGAUUUACACUCUUCGUUAAGUGGAAUAAUAUAAUUACAGCAAGCAUUUUGGAGCACUAAAUCCUCUGAUCAAUUUGGCUGGCUUUGUUAUUGUUUAGGGUCAAAGGCAAAGUCUAUUAAAAAGAAAUAGGUGUAAGUAUUGAGUUAAAAAGGAUUGGUUUGAAUUUUAGUCCACGGUUUGAAUAGCUUAAACAACUGGUGCAUUAGUGCAAAACUGAUUUCAGUAAAAGGGUAAUACCAAAAAAAAACAAAAUAAACAUGAAACAUGCAAUAACUGAAACCCAAAGCUAAGCACACAUAGUAUUAUCUAGACUUAGUUGCCAAUUUAUUCAGCUUAAGAGAAUAUGAGAAUUUUUUUAAUCUAUUUGGAAUCAGGUUUAGUGUUUAGGGAGAGACGUCAAACACAAAUAUCUUACAAAAAUAACCACAACACAUAAUCACACUGAAUUUCACACACAAGUUUAACAGUCUGUAUUUGACCAUUUAAAUAGUGUUUUAUUUAUUUAUUAAUGUGACCAUGAUCGUGCAGAUUCUAUUUUGUAUUUCAUAACACUAUUGUGAAAUAAUAUAGAUGUUGGACUGUUUACAGGAUUUAAUUAUAAAUAUUUAAAUAUUUAGUGAGUGCAAAGUUAUUGCAGAUCUUAUCUGAUUUCUCACUGUUAUUCCUCCGUCUUGUGUAAUACUUUUAUCUUGUCCAUUUUAACACACUUUGUUAUUGGUAUUUGUUCUUUUUUUAUUAUUAUUAUCUUUGUUGCAUAACUGUAG